AUCAUCAAGCCGCGCGACCGUUCGCCGUGUGCACCUCACUCCGCGCGCCAGUUCCCGAGGUGUAUGGGAGCCAUGGCUGCCGCCAACCCGUGGGACUCCGCGUCCGCGCCGAGUGCCGCUGGGCUACUGCUGAACCGCUUGGUGGCUUCAGGGAUAGUCACUGAGGAGAUGUUAGAUAUAUCUAAGAAAAUGGCUCCAUGCUUUGUGGACUUUUCCAGAUUACAGCAGAUCUCAGAUAUCCAAGCUGAAAUCUACCAGAACAACCUAGAAAUUGAACUUCUGACGCUAGAAAAGGAUACAGCAGAUCUUAUUCAUCCUUCCUAUUUGGUUGAGAAGUGUGAUUCUCUGCAAAGCAUGAAUAACCAUCUGGAAGCAGUGCUGAAGGAGAAGCGGGCCAUCAGGCAGAGACUGCUGAGACCCAUGUGCCAGGAGAACUUGCCAGUGGAAGCUGUGUAUCACAGAUAUAUGGUACUUUUGUUGGAAUUGGCUGUAAGUUUCAUUGAGAAAUUGGAAACCCAUCUUGAAACAAUUGGAAAUAUCCCUCAUUUAGAUGCAAACGUAAAGAAAAUGAGCAAGGCUUUAGCCAAGAUGGAUAUUUUGGUGAAUAAGAUAGAAGAACUGGCAGAGAAUAUACUGAGGUGGCGAGAACAACAAAAGGAAAUUUCCUUGUGUAUCCCCAAGAUACUAACUGAAGAAAAUUAUCUUCAUGAACUUGAAAUAGUGCCUGCAUUGCCUUUUGUGUCUAAAGCUCACGCUCAAACUGUUAAUGACAAGUGAUUGCUAUCUUUGCUUUUGCUUAAUUAUGUGUAGUCAAGGAAGUCUAUCUCUAGGCUAGUACAAUAUCUAGGGAUAGUGAUAGGCUUUGUUGCUAGCAGCCCUGAAAGACCCUUCUUAAUAUUGUAGUACCAGGCCCAGAGAGAUGUCUCAGCAGGCAGAAGCUCCUGCUGCAAGCCUGACAGCCUGAGGUCAACC